AAGCUGGCUGGCACGAUCCCUUCCAAUCAGUCGUCCGCGUCACCAAUUCCUACCUAGAGCUCGCACCUCUCAGCCUCGCACCGCCGCACGCUCGUGCGGCCCCAGCCAACGAAGCAGCCAGCGCUCCCAGCCCCCGCUCCCGCACAAAGCUAGGGUUACUGCCGCCGCCGCCCGCCCCCCCCGGCGCGCCCUCCGCCCCUCCACGCUUCCCCUAGCUCCGCCCGUCCCGCCGUCCAGUACCUCCGCCCCUCCCGUCCCCUACCUCUGGCCCUCCAGCCUUCCCGCCCGUCCGGCCCUCUCUCCUGCACCGCCGACCAGAGGAGAGGAAUUUGUCUUGACUUCUCCAAUCAGAGCAUUGCAGAGGGAAAAUAGUAAUGGAGUUGAUAAAUGCUAACCCUGUGAUUCAUGAGAAAAGAGAGAGGCGCACCCGGCAGGCACCAGAAAACAUAGAUGAAAAUGCACCAGAGGCCAUAGACCAGCUUGAAAUAUUUGAUCAUAUUAGAGACAUAAAGGACCCAGAACAUCCAUACUCAUUGGAAGACCUUAAUGUGGUAAAUGAAGACUCGGUCGAAAUCAAUGAUGAACUUAGUCAUGUCAGGGUUACUUUCACCCCAACAGUGGAGCAUUGCAGUAUGGCCACUAUCAUCGGCCUUUGCUUACGUGUAAAGCUCAUGCGGAGUCUUCCACCUCGUUACAAGGUGGACAUACGGUUGACGCCUGGAUCACAUGCAACUGAAGCUGCCGUGAACAAGCAACUGAGCGACAAAGAACGCGUCGCAGCCGCGUUGGAGAAUUCAAACUUGCUGGACAUAGUGGAAGAGUGCCUGUCACCGACACUCGGUUGAGUCCUGGGUAGGACACAUUAUUACUUUGAUUGAUGUUUGAGAAGAAUUCUUUAAAUAGAUGGCGCAGGACGUGUGCAUGAAUUUUGAGGCCCUGCGCCUCUCUGUAAGCACGUUGCUGCCGCUUAAGCUCUUGUAUCGUAGUGGUAGUAUGUAGGUCGUCGAGUGCUGCUACUUUUUUCUUGGAGGAACUGGGUGCUGCUAUGUUUUUGUACGGUUCUGAUUGUACAUGGAGGGAUAUAGUGCGGUGAUCCGUGUCGUCUCUGAAAUUCUGUCUGGGUUACUGUUAUCCUGGGUUAUAAAAUGACUUGAAUAUAUCAUGUUCACAGA